AGUCAUGUUUGAGUGUGGAUGUCUUUUAAUUUAGGAAGUUAGAAAAAUUUAUUAUUUAUAAAGAGUUAAAGUGUGAGAAAUAUGUAUAAAUAUUGUGAAAUUUAUGAACUUUAUGCUCGAGUUUUAACAAAUCAAAAAGUGUCAAUGAAAGUAUUAAAACUUUGAUAGCAAAUGGAAAUAGACAUUGAGCAUAAUUAAUGCGAAAUGUUAUUUGAGGAGGCUAUAAAUAGAUGGACUUUGCAAAUUAGUACAUUUUUAGAUUAUAAAAAUUUAGUUCCUCAAUUUAAAAACAAUGAAAUAUAUGAAAAUUUGAUGAAAAAGAAAUUUAUAAGAAAUGAAAGUGAUGCUUUUGUUGGAUAUUUGAUAUUAUUUUGGUCAUUGUUGUUCUUGAUUUACAAGAAGUUAUUUAACAAAUUACUUCGCCGCAAGUGCUUUCCUUUGAUACAGAGAAAUAGAAUCAUUAAUACAGUAUGGGACUAUAUAUUUUCUAUAAUAACUUUAAAUUAUUUACUCUACAUCUUUUUUCAUUCUUUGAAAAAUUCAACGCUUCCAAAUAUUAACAAAUUAAUAGCUUUCUUCUAUAAAAGUUUUUAUAUUCAUCAAGCAGGAGUUAAUAUUUUUAUUUUUGGAUCUUGGUUAAAAGGAUGCAGUACAUUAUUCUUUGCUUUUUUGGUAUUUCAUCCUUAUUCAGAAAGAUUGGAUCUAGCAGUGUUUCUUUUAUUGCUUUUAAAAGUUGUAGAUGCAACUAUUUUAUCAACGUGUCGUUUUCUUUUAUGCUUUUGGAAUAAGCAAAUACAUUUAAUAAUAGUAAAAAUUUUAUUCAUUUGUCAUUGUCUUACCUGGAGUUACAUUUAUAUUUAUUUUGUGCCAAAGUCUAUAUUAUGGGGAAGUAAUAAUAAAAAUCCGACAGAAAGAUUACAAAUAUGGAUGUGGUUUAUUUCAGAGUGUUUGAAUUCGGUGUGGUUGAAACUAUUUGAAGGCUUUGAUGUGUAUUUUUUCCCUCCACUGUCAAAAGAAUCAAUUGACUUUUUAAAUAGGAUAAAGGAACAGAAGGCCUUAUUAAGAAAGCAACCGAAUGUACAAAGCAGAAAAAAAGCUGAACUUUUGAAAACUGUAACUUGUAUUAUGUCUGUAAAGAAGAAAUUGAAGAGAAUGAGAAAAGCAAAAGAAGCUAAACUUGGUAUACAAUCAUAUAAUGAAGAUGAAAAAGAUGAUGUUGAUGAAAAAACAACUAAGAAAGAUGAAAUUAUGCAAUCAUUGUUAUGUGCAAUGGCAGUUAGGAAAGAAAUUCAAAAAAUAAGAAGAGUAAAACAAAACAAUUUGGAUUCGAAAGAAAGUGAUUCGGAAAAUAAUAAAAUAGAUAAAAAAACAGAUGAAGAUAUUUUUGAUGAUGAAGAGGCGAUUAAUAAAUCGCAUGAAACAAGUGUUUAAAAUAACAAUAGUUAAUUAUAAUAUUGUGCCUAAAGUUGUGUUCCUCUUCAUCGAAAUAAAUUUUUAAUUCUUUGAGAAAUUAUAUUUUCGAUGAUCAUUAAAAUCAAAAUAAUAUUUUGUUUUACUAUUUUUUUUUGUAAACUUAAAACAAAAUAUUUUGGUUUAUUGUUAUUGUAAUUUUACCUUUUAAUAAAUAUUAAUAAAAAUUUUAAUUUAGUUCUUUUUUUUUUUUUUUUACAAAAAUCAAGUUUAUUCAUCAUUUUUAUAGAUAUACACCUGUUAUGUAGAAAGUUUCAUCAUUGUUUUACAGUAUUAUAAUUUAAUGGGACAUCUCGCCGAUUGUUUCUCUACAAUCUAUAAGACUCAUUCAAAAGACACGACAAUUGGCUUGAUGCCCCAAUAACGUUUUUUUUUUUUUAUUAAUCGUGAGGCAUAUUUUUAUCAGGGCGGUUAUUUAGAAACUAGUUUAUAACAUUAUUUCUGUUAAUUACCAUUUUAACUUUAAAGAUUUAAUUACGGCAAUAAUAUGGGAAUCUGUUCGUUGAAUGCCUCGUUUGGGCACAAUUUUAGCUCGUUGCAAUUGCUUAUAAUUAUUAUAAUUAUUAUUAUUAUUAUUAUUAUUAUUAUUAUUAUUAUUAUAUAUGUAUAAUAAUAAUUAUGAUUAAUAUAAAAUGAAUCUUCUGAAAAUUUACUAAUUUAAUUUUUAAAAAAUUGUUUUUUUUUCUUUUUGUGAAUGUUUUUGUAUUCAUAAGAGAAAGUUAAAUUAUUUUUUUGUCCCCUCUUCGAGGAUCCAUUUACCGUUGCCCUCUUAUCAGACAAAAAAUAAUAAUUUUUGACUCUAUAAUUUAUUCUAAAUAAAUUUUUCUACAUUGUAGAUUAUUGUGCAAUGAACUUGCAACGAGCUGUUUUUACACUUUCAAAAUAAAUUGUUAUUUAUAUAUAUAUAUAUAUAUAUAUAUAUAUAUAUAUAUAUGGCAGUUAACGAAAUGCCAGACCCUUAGAUUCGACUUUCGAUUAAAUUGGACAUUUUAAGUCUUUCUUUUCUUUUUCUUUCUUUGUCUUUUCUUCAUCAUUGGAAAAACAAAGCUGAGAGUCUGAUUUGAAUGAGAGAAAUAUUUUAACUAUGGAAAUUUGAGCAAAAAAAAUGAUGUUUUUUUUUUUCUUUUUUCCCUUUUGUAUUCGAUGAUUAUUAAUAAUAGCAAUAUGACAAUGUCAGUGCUAUAGUUUACACGAUGAUUAUUUAAGAAGAAAGUUACAAUUUAGACCUUUUUCAUUUUAAAAAUUAACAAAAUUGUUUAGAAUCUUUUUACUUUUCAAUAUUUCAAUAAAUAUAUUUAAUAUCAAUAUAAUAUAUUUUAUAUAUAUGUAUAUUUAUAUAUAUAUUUAGGUAAUAUUCAAGCAUUUUGGGCCAAUAAAUUUUAUUUCAUCUGGACCAUUUGUGCCCUAUUUUUUUUUGUUUUUUUUUUUUUGUUAAUUUAAUGUCUAUAACGAAGAUAAAAAUAUUGUUUUAAUAUUAUAUUUUUUAAAUUAAGUUUGUAUGGAGAAAAAAAUGUGACGUUCAAGUUAGCAGUUAGAAGCUAAUUUUCCUUCGUGUGAGAUUAAAGAAGAAUUGAUCCAAUUUCCCUUUUUUUCUUAUCUCAAAAAAAGUAACAUUUUGGUGAAAAAAAAAAAUGUCAGAGUUUAAAAUAUUUCCAAAAAUUGCAAUUAUGGAAAAUUAAAUUUUUUUUUAAUAACAAUCAAUAACAUUUAUUUUGUUUACAAAAAAAUUAAAUGAUUCAAAAAAAUUAUAUCUCCUCUCUAAAUAUGAAUCAGUGAAAAAGUCACUGGUCUCAAAUCAGUCGCUAAAUUCUAGCUAUUUGAAUCAGUGGUUUUCACUGACAGUUAGUGAUAUUUCACUGGAGAAUCAAUUACUUUGACUGAAAAUCAGUGAAAUGUUACUGAUUCAAAUAGCUAUAAUUUAGCGACUGAUUUGAGACCAGUGACUUUUUCACUGAUUCAAAUUUAGAGAGUCUAGAAAAAAAAUUUCAAUUGGAUUAAUUUUUUUUCAUAUUUAAAUACUUUCUUUGAAUACCUCCAAUACCUUCUUUAAUUUUUCAAGUGUUAAGAAUAAUUUUUAAAAGUUGAAAAAAUAAAAAAAGAAUUUUUCACCUUUUUUUUUUUAAAGAAAUGUAUGGUAAAAUGUUAUUUCAUUGAAUAUACAAUUUUUCUUGGGCCGUUUUUUUCCAUUAUUUGUACUUCGUGAAAAAUGAGAAAAAUUUUCAAAACAAAAUAAUAAAAGUGUUGUGUUCGUUUUUUUUUUUUUUUUUUUUUUUUUUUUUUUUUUUCUUUUUCUUUUUUUUU